AUGAUUUCCAGACGAGAAGCUACACCCGUUCUCUUGCGUUUGGAAGGACUCAACCUAGACGACAAAGCUUCCGGAAUGUCUAUGUCUCUAGUAGGUCUUGUUUUCGCAGAUGGAGGCGUAAAGAAGCAUCUUGUUGAUGAGUUUGUCGAACUGUGAGACUGACCACAUCGUCCCCGCAUCCUGAUUCAAUAGUUUCAGUGCGUGCAGUUCUGUUACCACUACAACUAUCUCCGUCACUUUAUCGGCUAGACGUUUCGAAUUCAGAAUAGUCAUCAUGGGCUAUAUGGCCGAUAUGAAAGUAGUUAUGUAUGCGACUCAACAGUUACUAAAACGUCUUGACUUACAGGAACAACACUCUCUUUGCAUGCUACCGAAUUGGCAUCAGCUGCAAGGUUGCUCCAAAUGUUUAACUACUGGGAAAAAGAAACAAAACGGUACUGUUUCCUACAACGACUUUUUCGAUCACCAGCUGAGAGAUGGCGAUUCAAUUUUGUAUUCUGCUCGAAACGGAACGAAUGGGUUUACGGAGCCGAAAGGUAUAUGUUUUUUUUAAAUGAAAACUCUCACAUAUAAUGUCUUUUCAGUACCCAAAAUCUUCAACUUCGUGGAACCUACUAGGAUUUGCAUAGAUCCUUUCCAUGUUCGCUCAUUGGGAAUUUGCAAAGAUGUCGUAUCCGGUAACUGAAGAGUAAUUGCAAAACGAAAAGUGCAGAACGCGUUUUAGAAUUUCUGAAGCCGAAUAGAUGGAAAUCAUGCCUUCUUAUCCCGGGUAAACGAGAGGCAGUCAUUGAUUCACUUGCAAGUGUAACUCCUUACACUUACGAUCCCGUUCAUCUUCAGUCAAUCACGAAAACCAGCAAAUUUACUGGGCGAGAAAUGGACAAAAUGAGCAUUUUCCUAUGCGCUGUUGUCGGUUGGUCAGAUGUCUUCGUGAACAAGGAGUGGCAGGUGUUCUACUUGUCCAUUUAUCAUUCGUUGAUGUUCUUGGGGAACCUCUUGGCAGCUCCUGGAGCAUUAAAACUGCUGAUGGAUGCUUUGUACGAGCUACAUGUGCAAUUGGAGCCCGAAACUCUCACUAUUAAGUGGCAUGUAAGAAAGAAACAACAUUAACACGUCCGGCACGUGCUAUUUUUCAGUCUUUUUACAAGCAUGUUCUCGAGCAUGAGCAAGAAUUUGGCCCGCUGUAUACUACUGAACCUUACGAACGAGAACAUAAGACAAUAAUGACCAGCGUUCAUCACCAAUCUACGAACAGCGAGAAGUUAUUGAUAACAAGGGAAAGCUUUGUCGCCACCUCUGUCACUGCAUUUCUUGUUUCAGGUACAUGGCACGACGAGACUGUGCUCUUCUCAUGGAUAAUCUGGAAUGGGCGUUGUCUUCGGAGAAGAAAAAGGAAUUUUGCAACUCAAGGAAAACCACUCGCGAAAGGUGAAUUUAAACGUUAACAUAUUAAUGCCGACGUGAUUUUUGCAGUUGCCCCGAAGUGCGUCACAGUUCCAAUGUCAUUCAAAGGGAACAGUUGACGGCGCAUCACCGAGCGCUGCUACGACAACUUCUUCUUCCAGAUAAUUGCACAUUAAGGUAAUGCUCGUAAAUUGCUGCUCGCGAAUUAACAGUGCAUUACAGGAAGAGGGGGUCGUAUGUGAGCAGAUCCGGUCGAUUUAUUGUGGCGGCACCCGCCUACUGGAGCAGCGGAAGUACUGAUCAAUCAACCAUUUGUUGGACCGACCCGACAGACAACAGCAUCAGAUUUGGCAACUGCGAAAUUAUCUUCACAAAUUCUGUUAACGUUCCCUUUCUAAUUGCUCGAGAAUUUGAAACCGAAAGCUAUCGCGAAACUCUAUCCUCCCUGUACAAUUCCGCUCUUUCCCCGGCUUCAUCUAAUCUUCUCACCCUUUGUACUAAUUUCCCCACUACUUUUGCGAAAGUUGUUGGUUAUUCACUAUCAGUGGUUCCGUUCGACUCUCUGCUUUCCCCCGCAUAUUUGGUGAGGGUUGAGAAUGAUUUAUAUGUAAAAAUGUAUCGAUAAUAGCAACCUUUUCUUACUAGUUCACGGGUCAAUCCCGCACAUCUCUUUUCUAAUUAUGGCGCUGUCUUCUCACAGAACAAUUCAGAUGGAAUCAUCCUUCACUUCUCUCACUCCACUUCGUAAUGUACAUCUUCUGGAUGGUACUAAUUUCUGUUCAAAUUAACAUGAAAUGAGUAGCAAUUAUUUCAGGGCCACGCGAAACGCCAAGAUACUUCGACGGUGGUGGAAGAGGCUUCCAAAUCGAGCAUCGCGACGAAGCACCGAGACUAGGAACAUCUUCCCAGCUCAUCCGAGACUCUCCCAACUCGUUCCCUGCGAUUACCGCCGAAUACCCUGGAGAACAAAUGCCACGUGGAGUGUACGGAUACGGGCCUCACCCCCAUUUCGAUCGAAGAGACCAGUAUUCAUCGAUUCUGUCCCAUUCUGAGAAGACACCGAUUUCUGGUGAGCCAUAAUCAUUCCACUGUACACAAUACACGGUUACUUUGCAGUAAUGCUAUCCUCCUGCUUGGAAAAUGGCUUGUUUAACGUGGAGAAGGCAGGCCGAAUAGUUCAUGAAGCGUACCGAACGAGAACUCCAAAAGUUAAAGAGGAAAUCGAGUCGUUUCUCGCGAAGAAUGCCUACAAGUUCACUGGUCCAAUGAUUAUCGGCGAGCCCGAUUUGAUGAACCCCGAUUGGCAUCAGAUUAUGACCUGUGGACAACAACUUCUGGUUACUAAACCAUCUAAACCAAAUAAAAUAACAAUUUCAGAACCAUUUCAUCUGUGCGCAACAUCAGAAGGUGAUCAACCUCUCAGCGAAGAACUGUGAAGAGUUCAGAGACGUAGGUGGCGCUGUCUACAAUGUUACCGGGAUCUUCCAUUACCCACGAGAGCCACCAUUCUCCGUGAGCUGGAUCCGUAUUUAUACGAAUGCAGAACAUCGUUUUUUUAGGGCGAGCAAAUCAGCCUCCUCGGAAUAAACCCAUCAAAUCAGUCUGCUCACAUUCGUCUCAAGUCGAUGCUAUUCCACGUACUUUCACGAGUAUGUCACAUUUUAAGUGUUAUCAAAUAUCAAAUUGAAUCUAUUUUUAGAGUUGCACUCAGCAGUGCGACAUUCAGUCGGUAACGUGGAUUCUGCCGAAUGAGAAAAACUCGAAGGGGCCAAACCGACGCGACUUCCCGGAUGACUUGUAUGUCACGCUUAGGGGUUAGUUAUCUUCCGAUUCUCAUAAGUUUAUCGAUUUCACCACGUUUCUUUUUAGACCUCUUCCUCCAAUUUUUCGGACUCGACUACGGGGAGUUGGAUGCUCCUUACCGAGACGAAUUCAGCACAUUGAAAUGCCUGCAGUCAUACGGAGACGACAACAGCAAGAAAAAAUAUUUCAAAUUUCUUGCUCACACACGAUACAGUUACCUAACAACCACUUUCAGAACUGCUCUCAAGCAGGCUUUGUGAGUCAAUCUUUCUAUUUCUUUUUGAAAAUAUGAUUUCUUUUCAGAGUUGAACUACGCCACGGCACAUUUCUGCCACCUGUCAUUGGUCAAAAGUACGGUCGAUUCGUAUAUCGCAAGGUAAUAUUACUGUUUUCUAACACUGUUAUGUUUUCUCCUUUUGCAGCGCCACACGACGACUCCGUCGACAUCUUUUUCGCAUCAGUUGAUGCCGUAUCAAUUGACGGCUCAAGAAACAGAGGACACUGAGAGACAAGAGUUUCACGACACCAAUGUCGCCGUUCUCACUGAAGCUCCAACGAGUGUCGACGAUUCGGACAAACUCGGCGAAACGAUCAUUUCAAAAGAAGCCUCUUUGCCGAAGAAAAAUAAGGGAAAGACUACCGGACGCCGCCGUCACAACUCGCAAAAGGACAAGGAGGAGGAAGAGACCGACGGGCAAGCUGCUCCAGCGAAAAGAGCAAACAUUCGCCGAACUCGUCGAAACAUCUGA